GUUGCUCCUCCCGCUGGCCAGCUUCCCCUUCCCGCCUGGUGGAAGCCGCAGAGACGCGUCGGCCCGUCUGGAACGUUUUAGGAUUUUGGCGGGGCGGUUUCCGGGAGGCGGAGCUCGGACUCGCAUUUCCUUUUUUCCAGGCCUGGUCCCGGUGGGCAGUGGUGAGACCGCCGCGCCGGCGCCUACGAGUCUCCCGCGCGGCCCCAGAGCUGCUCCCAGCCCUCGGUGGCAGCAUGGGCGGCGCCCGGGACGUGGGCUGGGUGGCGGCGGGCCUGCUCCUCGGGGCUGGUGCCUGCUACUGCGUUUAUAGACUGACGCGGGGCCGGCGGCGAGGCGGGCGCGGGCUCAGGCUGCGUCCCUCGCGGUCUGCAGGUGAGGCCGCCGGUUGCCCAGCGCGGAGGCGGGGGCCAGAGAAGCGUGGGCGCUCGUGGCUUCCGCGUACUCGGGAAGACUUAACCAAUGGUUCAUAUGAUGAUGUCCUAAAUACUGAACAACUUCAGAAACUCCUUUACCUGCUUGAGUCAACUCAAGAUCCUGUAAUUAUUGAAAAAGCUUUGGUUACUGUGGGUAACAAUGCAGCCUUUUCAGUUAACCAAGCUAUUCUUCGUGAAUUGGGUGGUAUCCCAAUUGUUGGAAACAAUAUCAAUAGUCCUAACCCCAGUAUUAAAGAGAAAGCUUUAAAUGCAUUAAAUAAUCUGAGUGUGAAUGUUGAAAACCAAAUCAAAAUAAAGAUAUACAUCAAUCAAGUCUGUGAGGAUGUCUUCUCUGGUCCCCUGAACUCUGCUGUGCAGCUGGCAGGAUUAAGAUUGUUAACAAACAUGACUGUUACCAACGACCACCAACACAUGCUUCACAGUUACAUCACAGAUCUGUUCCAGGUGUUGCUUACUGGAAAUGGAAGCACCAAGGUUCAAGUUUUGAAACUGCUUUUGAAUUUGUCUGAAAAUCCAGCCAUGACAGAAGGACUACUCAGUGCCCAAGUGGAUUCGUCAUUCCUUUCCCUUUACGAUGGCAACAUAGCAAAGGAGAUUCUUCUUCGAGCACUUACAUUAUUUCAGAACAUAAAUAACUGCCUCAAAAUGGAAGGCUGUUCAGCUACACAGCCUUUCACUGAAGGUUCAUUGUUUUUCCUGUUAUAUGGAGAAGAGUGUGCCCAGAAAAUAAGAUCUUUAGUUCAUCACCAUGACGCAGAGGUGAAGGAAAAGGUUGUAACAAUAAUACCAAAAAUCUGAUGAGUCAGUCAUAUUUUCCCAAAGAGAAAUACAGCUAGAAAUAGCACACAUAAGCUUCUUAUUUCCAAUCUUCCUGAUCAGGGGAUUCUUCCAGUUGCUGAAUUUAAACAGUAAAUACCACAUUUCAUCAUUAACACAG